UCCAGGUCCGCACGGGGACGCGGCGCGCGCGCACGGAGGGGGACGCGGCGGGCGCGCGCGCGAAGGCGAGCUGCGGAGCGGCGGGACCCCUGCCGCCCCUCCCCUCCCCAUCCCCGGAUCCCCCACCUCCACCGCCGCCGCCGGCCGGGGAUGCUCGCGCGCGGCCCUCCUCGUGUUUGAAGCCGCCGCGGCACCUCGGGGGCCGGCGAGCCGGAGCGGCGGGGAGGGGGCCCCGCCGGCGUUCCGCAGAGGGCCGGCCCGGGUUCGUCGGCUGCCGUCACCUGACUCGUCGCGGGCGCUCCAGCCGAGAAGAGGAGGUGGUAGACGCGGCCGGUGAAGAUGUCGGGCCAAACGCUCACGGAUAGGAUCGCCGCCGCUCAGUACAGCGUGACUGGCUCUGCUGUGGCGAGAGCGGUCUGCAAAGCCACUACUCAUGAGGUGAUGGGCCCCAAGAAGAAGCACCUGGACUAUUUGAUCCAGGCUACCAACGAGACCAAUGUCAAUAUCCCUCAGAUGGCUGACACCCUCUUUGAGCGGGCGACGAACAGUAGCUGGGUGGUGGUAUUUAAAGCUUUAGUGACCACACACCAUCUCAUGGUGCAUGGAAAUGAGAGAUUUAUUCAGUAUUUGGCCUCGAGAAAUACGCUAUUCAACCUCAGCAAUUUUCUAGAUAAAAGUGGAUCCCACGGUUAUGAUAUGUCUACAUUCAUAAGGCGUUACAGUAGAUACUUGAACGAAAAGGCUUUCUCGUACAGACAGAUGGCAUUUGACUUUGCCAGAGUGAAGAAAGGGGCUGACGGUGUAAUGAGGACAAUGGUUCCUGAAAAGCUCCUGAAGAGCAUGCCAAUCCUGCAGGGGCAGAUCGACGCACUGCUGGAGUUUGACGUGCAUCCAAAUGAACUAACAAAUGGUGUCAUAAAUGCUGCAUUUAUGCUUCUUUUCAAAGAUCUUAUCAAACUUUUUGCUUGCUACAAUGAUGGCGUCAUUAACUUACUUGAAAAGUUCUUUGAGAUGAAGAAAGGACAAUGUAAAGAUGCGCUAGAAAUUUACAAACGAUUUCUGACUAGAAUGACGCGAGUGUCCGAAUUUCUCAAGGUCGCAGAGCAAGUUGGUAUUGAUAAAGGCGACAUUCCCGACCUCACUCAGGCUCCCAGCAGUCUAAUGGAGACCCUUGAACAGCAUCUAAAUACCUUAGAAGGAAAGAAACCUGGAAACAAAUCUGGUGCUCCCUCUCCAUUAAGUAAAUCUUCUCCAGUCACAACUGUUACAUCUCCUAAUUCUACACCAGCUAAAACUAUCGACACAUCCCCACCGGUUGACUUAUUUGCAACAGCAUCUGCGGCUGUCCCAGUCAGCACUGCUAAGCCAUCAAGCGACCUCCUUGAUCUUCAGCCAGACUUCUCUGGAGCCGCGGCAGCUGGGGCAGCGGCACCUGUCCCAGCGGCAGCGACUGGCGGAGCCACUGCGUGGGGAGACCUUUUGGGAGAGGAUUCGUUGGCUGCACUUUCCUCUGUUCCCUCUGAAGCACCGAUUUCAGACCCAUUUGCACCAGAACCUUCCCCUCCCACUACAACCACUGAAACUGCUUCAGCUUCUGCCUCAAGCACCACAACUGUGACGGCUGUCACUACGGAAGUGGAUCUCUUUGGAGAUGCCUUUGCAGCUUCUCCUGGGGAGGCCCCUGCAGCGUCCGAAGGGGCCGCCGCACCAGCUACCCCCACCCCAGUCGCUGCAGCUCUUGAUGCAUGCUCAGGAAAUGACCCCUUUGCCCCAUCCGAAGGUAGUGCAGAGGCUGCUCCUGAGCUGGACCUCUUUGCCAUGAAGCCACCCGAGAGCAGCGCUCCUGUAGUCACCCCUACAGCUAGCACAGCCCCUCCAGUUCCCGCAACCGCUCCUUCUCCUGCUCCCGCCGCUGUGGCAACCACUGCUGCCACCACCACCGCCGCCGCUGCCGCAGCUGCCACCACUGCCACCACCUCCGCUGCUGCCGCCACCGCCGCCGCCGCUCCUCCCGCUCUAGAUAUCUUUGGUGAUUUGUUUGAUUCUGCUCCUGAAGUUGCUGCAGCACCUAAGCCAGACGCGGCUCCUAGCAUAGACCUGUUUGGCACAGAUGCUUUCUCCUCUCCACCACGAGGGGCUUCUCCGGUGCCCGAGAGUUCUCUCACUGCUGACCUCUUAUCUGUGGACGCAUUUGCAGCGCCAUCUCCUGCAACCACUGCCUCUCCUGCAAAGGUGGAGUCCUCAGGUGUGAUAGACCUUUUUGGGGAUGCAUUUGGAAGUAGUGCUUCUGAAACCCAGCCAGCACCACAGGCUGUUUCUAGUUCAUCAGCAUCGGCAGAUCUACUAGCUGGAUUUGGGGGUUCUUUCAUGGCCCCAUCUACAACACCUGUGACUCCAGCUCAGAACAACCUGCUGCAGCCCAAUUUCGAGGCAGCUUUUGGAACAACGCCUUCAACUUCAAGCAGCAGCUCCUUUGACCCAUCAGUGUUUGAUGGUUUAGGUGAUCUUCUGAUGCCGACCAUGGCACCGUCUGGGCAGCCGGCACCUGUUUCAAUGGUCCCACCCAGUCCUGCAAUGGCAGCCAGCAAAGGCCUCGGAGGUGACCUUGACUCAUCUCUGGCCAGCUUAGUAGGAAAUCUUGGAAUUUCUGGUACCACAUCAAAAAAGGGAGAUCUCCAGUGGAAUGCUGGGGAGAAAAAGUUGACCGGUGGAGCCAACUGGCAACCAAAAGUCACUCCAGCCACAUGGGCAGCGGGCGUUCCACCGCAGGGCACUGUUCCACCAACCAGCUCAGUUCCUCCGGGUGCCGGGGCCCCAUCUGUUGGGCAACCUGGAGCAGGAUUUGGAAUGCCUCCUGCAGGGACAGGCAUGCCCAUGAUGCCUCAGCAGCCAGUCAUGUUUGCACAGCCCAUGAUGAGGCCACCCUUUGGAGCUGCAGCUGUACCUGGCACACAGCUUUCUCCAAGCCCUACACCUGCCACUCAGAGCCCCAAGAAACCUCCAGCCAAGGACCCAUUAGCGGAUCUUAACAUCAAGGAUUUCUUGUAAACAAUUUAAGCUGCAAUUUUUGUGACUGAAUAGGAAAAAAACAAAUAACCUGAGUUUGGAACCUUCAGAUAAGAUCAAUGCUCAGAGUUUCAAAGUGAGCCACCAGUACCUAACCCAGUGCUGACUUGUAACUCUCUCUUCUGAACACACAGCGCGGCUGUGACAGUGAACAUUAGGAAUGUGUACUACCUUAGCUGUUACCCCUACUCUCCGCCUCGUAGAUAUUCGGGUUAUUCGUGUGUUGUACGGCGUAAACAAUGAAUGGACGUUUCCAAUGCCUUUAGUGCUUUUCUGGACGUUGCCCAUGGACGGAUGAUGCAGCUAAUGUGCAGUGAGCCAUUUGGAAAGGUGUGUCUGUGUUUUUGAAGGUUUCAAUGUAUAUAUCUAUAACUUUUGGACAAACCCUCGAGUCCUCCCAUGAACUCUCUUCUGUACCUCUGUUACAAGCGUAAUGUGAUACUAUCAGCUAGUGAGGAAAACACUCUUAAAUAUAUGAAAACUUUUUCGGUGUGGAGUACAUUUUUCCAAUCACAGAAACUUCAACUGUUGUGAGAAAUGUUUAUUUUUGUGCACUGUAUAUGUUAAGAAAUUUUAUUUUAAAAAAAUAUGAAGUUUAAUGUCCAUAAUAAAACUUCUCCUUGAUGAAGCUACCUUAUCGAGAAUGAGAAAAAUCAUAUGAGAAGUCCAUAUUUAUCACUGCUAUAUUAAGAUAUAUAUUUUAAUUAUAUUUGCAGGUUGUGCAUCUAAAUUGACCUAUUUAUUCAUUCUUGAUCAAAGGCACUGAAAAGUGGAGUUUGUUUCUAUCGUGUCUGUGAAAAUGCAAUUAGAGAUGUGCUGUUAUGUGACUAUGAACGUGCCCCAAGAGACAUCUGUACUUUAAAGAUAACUGCAAAUAUUUUUAUUUCACUGUGGGUUUAUGUACAUCUGUUCAGUUGGUAUUUCUUUGUGUGUUCUAUAGACUAGUGUUUCUCCAUCCUUCGAUUGAGCUCAAAGUGACUUCUGUUGUACCUUUGUGAUUAAGACUGAAACUGAUUCAGCGAAUUGUAUCUUUCAAUGUACAUACUGUAUUUCUUGAUUUUUAAUUUGUUGUCACACUGUGCUGAUGGCUUGGCUGAAGAUUUUGAUGCGUAUACAAGGUCACUGUUGAUCAGUGUUGUUUAGUGGCUUGGCAGCUCUUUGUAAAAGCAUAUUGGGUUGGAAAGGCAUUUGCCUAUUUUUCAAAUUAUUUAAUAGAUGUAUGGUACCCUUUAAAGUGGUUGUAUCUGAAUCUACUGUGGGGAUAACCUACACUGUAAUGGGGGAAAAUUACCUAAUACCAAUUUCAAAAUGGCUUUUCUUUGUAUUUUGGUUUAAAAACCCAGUGCAUGUCUGCCCUCUGAGAUGCAAUAAACACCUUGAACAAAGAAAA